AUGACCCACUCAGGAGGUCUCCGUGCACGGUCGGUUGAGACGCCAAGGGAUGUCAUGAUGUUCACAAUGCCUGGUAUUGGUUACUCAAUUGGUGAUACAGAGAGAGGCCCAGAGCUUUACAGCUCACUUUCAAGUUAUGUUUUCGGUCUUCUGUAUGAGUCGGAUGUCAAAUGGUUCAUGUGCAUGGUGUAG